AUGGCUUGUGCUCGCAUCGUCUUCCUCGCCAUUUCCACGGUUCUGCUUUCUUCUGUUGCCAUGGCGGUUGAUCACAUCGUGGGCGAUGACCAGGGCUGGACCACUGAUUUCAACUACGCAGAAUGGGCCCAGGACAAGGUUUUUCAAGUCGGUGACAACCUAGUGUUCAAUUACGACAACACGAAGCACAAUGUAGUCAAAUUGAACGGUACGCUCUUCAACAGUUGCACAUUCCCAGCUGGGACGGAAGCACUUACCAGUGGGAACGACGUCGUCCAGCUAACCAGCUCAGGGAGGAAGUGGUACGCUUGUGGGAAAGCUGAUCACUGUGCUGCUCGUGGAAUGAAGCUCGCCAUCACCGUUCUAGCCAAUGGUCCAAAUUCUGCUCCUGGUUCUCCUCCUCCUUCCUCCCACGCUCUGUCAUCGUCUGCUUCUGGGCCUCUCAUGGCAGCCAUGCUUGCCGUUGCUGCAUUAGUCUUCGCGUGA